AGAAUGCAUUCAUUGGAGGAAGAGGUAAAAGCUCAGAGACAGAGGGACUGGAUGCAGGGACCUUAGAGCCUAAGCUAGUCUCUCCUCAUCCUAUUAGCAUAGCUAUAGAACAAUUUCAAGGCCACUGGGAUCUCUGUGGGUCAGAUGUCCUCCUGCCCAGCCCCCUCCCCGCCCCCGUGAUGCUUCUGAGGGUCAAAGUCAGAAUAGGGGCACCAGAAAUCAAAACAGCCAUUAGGAAGAGUCACCAGUAUAAGAACAAGACCUUGAGCAGUGGCAGAACCAAGAACACCCUGUCUCUCAUGGUCCUCAGCUGUUAAGUGCUGACCUAGGGUGACUGCUAGUGGGACUUCUCUGGGUACCGCAGCACCUGUGAAUCUGGGCUGGGGAAUGGGCAGAUUCAAAGGGGAAGCUGCCCUGCCUGACCCCAAGUUCCCCAGCUGGUUCCACUUUAGAACUGUAGCGACUUCUCCGGUCUAUUCUGUUGAGUCCUUGAGUUUCUACCCACUUUUGAAGCUUUUCCUGCAGACACGUGCCCAGGCUGGGUGUCUGCCCUGCUGGCUCUGGACUGUACAGUGGCCAGACUUGGGUCUGUGCCAGGCUGCUGCAGCUGUUCCGCCUUGGAGUGAUGACAGUAGCUGAUGGCUUGACAAGUGGCCCUUGGGAGGUGGCAUCUCAUCUGGGCAGUUGCCCAGCAGGAGGGCCAUUUGAGGAGGAGAACAGAGCCCCGAGGGUAGGAGACUCCCAGAAUUGACCCAAAGAGAUUGGGAAAGUGUGUGUGUGUGUGUCCCAUGGGGACCCCAUAGAAAGUGUGAGUAUAGGAUUUGGAGUCUACCUCACGGUGAGCCUUGGCUUGUCACUGGAUGGCUCUGAGACUGUCUUCGGACCUGCAUAAGUUGAGUCUGUUCGCAGGUCUGGCGGGGGACCCGGCGACGGUCGUGGUGGUGGCAGCGGUGGCGCUGGGAGAUGCCCACGGAGGUCCAUGUGGCGCCCUAGGUGGGAUCCUGGCAUCCUGAAGGCUGAAGCCCUGGCCCUGCUCCCCUGUGGCCUGGGCAUGGCGUUCUCUCAGUCUCACGUGAUGGCCUCUCGACGGCACCAACAUGGCCGACUCAUCAUCGAGGUGGACGAAUACAGCUCCAAUCCCACCCAGGCCUUCACCUUCUACAAUAUCAACCAGGGCCGCUUCCAGCCACCUCACGUGCAGAUGGUGGACCCAGUGCCUCACGAUGCCCCAAAGCCACCUGGCUACACACGUUUUGUCUGUGUUUCUGACACUCACUCAAGGACAGAUCCCAUUCAAAUGCCCUACGGCGAUGUGCUGAUCCACGCUGGGGACUUCACGGAACUGGGGCUCCCAAGCGAGGUGAAGAAGUUCAAUGAAUGGCUGGGCAGCCUGCCCUAUGAGUACAAGAUCGUGAUUGCGGGCAACCACGAGCUGACCUUCGACCAGGAGUUCAUGGCCGACCUCAUCAAGCAGGACUUUUAUUAUUUCCCGUCCGUGUCCAAGCUGAAGCCGGAGAACUAUGAGAACGUGCAGUCUCUGCUGACCAACUGCAUCUACCUGCAGGACUCAGAGGUCACGGUGCGUGGCUUCCGGAUCUACGGCUCCCCGUGGCAGCCCUGGUUCUAUGGCUGGGGAUUCAACCUCCCGAGAGGCCAAGCGCUCCUGGAGAAGUGGAAUCUCAUCCCAGAAGGAGUAGACAUCCUUAUAACUCAUGGACCACCACUGGGCUUUCUAGACUGGGUCCCCAAGAAGAUGCAGCGUGUGGGCUGUGUGGAGCUGCUCAACACAGUCCAGAGGCGGGUCCAGCCACGGCUGCACGUCUUUGGCCACAUCCAUGAAGGGUAUGGCGUCAUGGCAGACGGGACCACCACCUAUGUGAACGCGUCGGUGUGCACUGUGAACUAUCAGCCUGUGAAUCCCCCCAUAGUCAUCGACCUGCCCACACCCCGGAACUCCUGACUGCUACCCACUCCAGUUCUGCCUACCCAUGUCAGCUCUGUAUGUCUGGCCAAGAGCCUGGAUCCCCUAACCCACUUCCUCCCAUGCAGAACAGCCUGGACAGUCCAUUUGGCCUCGGGACCAGCCAGCAACGAGUAGAAUCCUUGGGAUAAAAGAAAUCGCCUUUGUCAGCUUUCUGCCGCCUGCUGCUGGGACCUUGAACAGUCCCAUCAGGGCCACCAGGCUCAUCUCUGUGUUCUGUGUGUGCAUCUGCCCCUUUUUUCUAGAGCCUAACACACUCACAGCCCUGUCUCACUUGGGAAAUGACAGAAGCUCGGUUCGAAAGACACCCUCCGGCUUUGAGAAGCCGCUGCUCUCGGAUGGAAUUUGGGAAGUUUUAUACAAGAUGUCUAGCUACCCAAGUGUGUGGCUUGUGAGCCCCAAGGUUGCGGAAGUGUAUGGCCUAGGCUCGGGCAGCUCUUCUCUGGCUGGAGGAAAGGAGAUAGACUUGUUCCUUACGUGCAUGGGUCUUGGGAAUGUUCAGGGACAUCUCAGGAAUUCCGACAGCCCCCGGCCAGGCCUAGAGCAGAUGGCUUGGCUUAGUCCCCCAUUCCUUCCUCAGGACCCUGCUGCCAAUGUGGACAAUGGCUGAGUGUCUCCAGCUUCUGGCUCAGAACCUGGAUUUGGGGAGGGGAGCUUUGUUCUUCUGGGUGGCCAGAACCUGCUGGUUACUCAUCACAGUGAGGCCAUCUUAGAUCAUCUGGGACCACACUACUUUGUAGAUCACGAUGGCCAGGGGAUUCUGUGGGCUGAGACCUAUGCCUGGUCAUGUACAUGCCCCAUGUCUGUGGCAUGUGUGUGCUUCUCCAAACCUAACCAGGUUGUUAGCAUCUACAACGAGCUCCAUCCUCCAUGUGAUUGAUUUUUCCUUCCGAGGGUUCCAGGAAGCUUGUCAGUACCACCAGUAACCGGGAGGUGGCGCAGUUACAGAGCCACCCCGGGUGCUGAUGGCAGCUCCACCUCUGGCUGCAGCCUUUCUUGAGCUAGGCCUGGGUGAACCCAUCUGCAGAGGACAGAGCCAGCGGGCCCUGAGUCAGGGGGAGGCAGAGUCCAUCACUGUCUAUUUAAAAUGCCCAUAUUUGUUCUUUGUGGACUCUUUUUUGCACUCAUUCCGAUUCUUAGUAACAUGUCACUAAAAUAGUAUUAUUUGUCCCGACUCUUGAUGUUUUACACCCUUUAUGUCAUGCAUCAGACACGAGGGCCUCACUUGCUUGGCCUGGUUCCAGCCUUGGGGACCAGAUAUCCUGGUACCUUUACUCGGUAUAAUUUUGUUUUAUCUACAGACAUUCCUGCAAGGUAGGUACUCUUGCCCUGUUACAGAGAUGAGUCCACUGAGAGGAGAGGUCACUUGCCUGAGGAUGCACAGCACAAAGGGGGCAGCAGUGGGAUUUGGGCCUCCAUCUCUGGCCUCACACCCUUCCCAUCACCACUGGAGUUCUCUCCCUGCAAAGCAGGGCCUGGGUGGAGAGUCUCGCUUCAUUUGGAAGGGUCCUUUUCAAAACUGGCUCUUGUUCAUUCUCAACCUCGAGUCCCUCAGACCAUCAGGAAUCCUGAGCUUUUGGCUCAGCAUCCCAGCAUCCUGUGAGGCCCACUCCCAAUUCUUUCUCUGCGGGUGAGUGAGCUGGGCUCUGGGAUGCAUUCCCAGGCCACCUUUGGUGCCCUACGUUGGCCAGGGGCAACUGUGCCCCACAGGACACAGGGCUGCAGGAAUCUUGCUUGGGCCAAGUGGUCCUGGUGUGUGGGACAUUUUACAAGGUCUCUCUUCGGUGCCUCAGAUGCAUGGCGUGUUUGGGGCAGAGAAAAAUACAUCUCCCAUGUGCUUUCUCAGCUCCACAGUUUCUAUAUGGACCAAGAACUAUAAACUUAAAAAAAUUUUCCUAGGGCAUCUUCAGAAUGCGGCAUAUUUUUAUGUGGAGAAGAAAAGCUGUGGAGGCAGCUGUCUUGAAGAGAAAAUUCAUUGGAAGUCCUCAAGAUUUGAAAGAUGGCGGCCUGCUCCUCAAUCAUUUUGGCAUAACUUGAUUGUGGCUGUAAUUUUUUUUGUCAAGCAUGUCAGACAAUAAAGUCUUUGUAAAAAGAAAA